AUGUACUAUCCGAGCAUUAACUCAUUGCUACUAUGGCUUCUAUGCUUUGCUCCCCUGGGGCUAGCAUAUGGCAGAUCUUCGGAAUCACCCCCUGGGCCAAAUGCCAUACUCCUCUCGCGAGUACAGUCGCUGACGCUCCGCGCCAAUCGUCUCACAUCCUCUCGCCGUGUUUCCCCGAUUCCACAGUUGACAUGCGUGGGACCCUCAAAGAGCAUCUGUGACAAGUACAAGAUAGAGACUAUGCGAUGCACGAACGCUGGAUACGACUACGACGAAGAAGAUGUCCAAUGGACUUGCACUGCGCCACUUCCGGAGGAGUUCAUGUUGGGCGCAACAGAUGUGAUCUGCGAGGGAUACCGAAAUGCCGAUGACAAGUGGGUGUUGAAGGGUAGCUGUGGUGUCGAGUACCGGCUACUGUUGACGGAGCGCGGAGAGAGGCGGUUUGGCAAAAUACAAGAGGAUGAUCUGCGGUCCAUUCCGCGUGCGACAAAAGGGUGGCGCCGUGGCAUUGACGCUCUCGUCGACAUGAUUUUCUUAGGAUUCUGGGCUGCGGUUCUCGUUAUGAUUCUAUGGCCUAUGGUUGGGGCGGAUUUUGGGGAGGAGGUGGGGGAGGUGGUGGCGGAAGAGGAGAUGACUAUGGGCCUUACCCUGGGCCACCUCCUCCAUACAGCAGCUUUCCAGAUAGUAGUUCAUGUUCAUCGCAGCCAGGGUGGAGACCGGGCUUUUGGACCGGUGCUGCGGCUGGCGGCGUGGCUGGCUACGAGAUGGGUAGGAGAAGCAAUCGGCAUAGCGACAGACCGUCAUCUUCUAGAAGAUGGGAUGACCAAGAGCCUCGGAGGGAAAGCAGCACACGGCCGCGUUCCCCUCCUCGGUUUUCGGCUACCACGGAGAGUACGGGGUUCGGCUCAACAAGACGAAGAUAAUGCUUAG